CUCCGGGCCCACCGGUGGCGGCGGCGGUGAGGUCCCACUUCAACGAUUGUCCCGACUCCCACAGCCAGUUCUGCUUCCACGGGACCUGCCGGUUCCUGGUGCAGGAGGACAAGCCGGCCUGCGUGUGCCACUCCGGCUACGUGGGGACGCGCUGCGAGCACGCCGACCUGCUGGCCGUGGUGGCCGCCAACCAGAAGAAGCAGACCAUCACCGCCCUCCUGGUGGUCUCCGUGGUGGCCUCCGUCCUCCUCAUCGGCGUCUGCGUCCUCAUACACUGCUGCCGACUGCGGAAGCGAUGCCAAUGGUGCCGGGGGGCCGGGGGGGCCCCCGAAAAACCGGGGGGGCUACUAAAAGGUGGUCCCUCCUGUUGCCACGCCGAGAUGGAGAAG